GGCAAAGAGGCCAACUUUAGCCAUGUACAAGUUUAAAACUUUAUUACAAGGAAUAUUCCUCAGUUAAGAUAUAGUCAAAACAGAGAAAAAGGAUUUUAUUGGAAAAAGAAAUCUGAGUAGGAAAUCCCAUUUUACCAAUCCCGAAAACCGGAGGUAAGCUGUUUUCUUCUCUGUCGACUCAAAACUGAAAUCCUCCGAGAAAAGCAUGGAAGGGAAUCAUCAAUGAGCUUACUAUAUCAAGGUUUCCUCUUUCUUGUUUCAUCCUUCCUCCGCUUUUUCUGGUUUUAUGGGGUUUCUCUCCGGAGAGAUUACGCUCAAACCCAAAAGGUAGGAGGGCUUGGGGGAUUGAUUUGGCUGGAAAGAAAGAAGCUUCAACCUUCGAAUGAAAAUGAUAUUUCUUCAGGUUGAUGUUCUUCAGGUUGUAUCAGAAAGGGAAGUAUAAUUUUAAAGAUCUUCAAAAGGGCUCAUUUGACGGAGGUUAAUUUUCUGUCUCGGCCUUAUCCAUGGCUGAGGUGUGCUUAAGUUUUCCCAUUCCACCGGAUGUAAGCAGAUCAUGGAGAAAGAUUUCUAUAGGAAAGCUGAAUCUCUUAUAUAGUGAAGAGAAAGUUCUCCCUAAUUACCUCAGAGCUUCAGCAGGUUCCUGUCAUGAUGCCUGCAAAUACGGGAAAAUACAAUCUGAAGAGAAGGCAAGGGGCUCAACUCUCAAAAGGGUUGCCAUGAAGUUGUCUCGAGACAAGAUCCUGAGCCAGAGCUUGGAUUCACCAUUGAUGAGGAGUAGUUGUACAUUGUCUAAAAAGAUUGCAAAAGCUUCUUCCGGUUCCAGGAAGUGUGAUUCUGAAGUCAAGAGUGAAGUUAGAAGAUACUCUGCCAUAACUGGUAACGUCGAGAAGAAGGAAGCUUCAACUGGGUUGAAUAACAAAUCUUGCCCCAAGAAAAUGAAGAAAAAGACGAUAUCCUGCUCAGAAUCCCGGUUAGCCAGUCCUGUAAUGAGAAAGAAGAAGGCCUCGCAGUCUUCUAGAACAGUAUUUAUACCUCCUGGACGAGCUUCCUUAGGUUUCAGAGGGAGAGGGAUCACUACUGGACUUAACAAGCGUGCAAAUCUCUCAAAGUUAAAAUCUGUUGCAGAGAAAGGAUCAGGUGUUCAAUAUUGCAGAAGGGAGAACAAUACUAUGACUAGAAAGAAUAGUGGUAUUUCUAAAGCAGAUCCGAAGAAAGCAGUCAUGUCCGGAAGAGCCUCCUUCGUGAAAAGACUUCCAGACAGAUCUGGACUCGUAAAGGUGACAAAGUCUGAAGCUAAGAAAUCGGGGCUUAAACCAAAGCAAGGAAAUGAAAAACAAGACUUGGUUGAAGAGAAAACCCUUUACGUCAUCGAGAUGGAAACAGAGAACGCAAUCGUGGGAUCAGCUGAGAAUGAAAGAUGUGUCAUCGGUUCACCACACAAUGAUCCACGGAGAUUAUCUCGCAGGAAAAACCUGCAAGAGGAAUCUGAGAGUACUAUGACUGACAUUGACGAUGAAUCUUCAGGAAAUCAGGUAACUAAAAGGGGAGAAGGAGAAGAAGAAGAUCUAGAUGAUGACGGUCAUGGUGAUGAUGAGUCUCUUCCCGAUGGUAAGAAAGUACCGAGGCAAAGAAAAAUCAGAGCUUUCUCAUCAGAGGAUGCUAUGAAAUACAGGGCAAUGAAACUAAAAUUCAAGAGAGGAAGGACAGUGGACCUGGCUUCACAGGACAACAUUCCAAGAAGGCUAAAGUUCAAGAGAGGAAGAGGUCUCACCCGGGAUGACUCAACACCAAAUUCCAGUAGCAGAAGAAGCUUCAGGACAAAAGGGAACAACUUGAGAAAGGAUGAACACAAACUGAGAUCUUUGAUAGUAGCUCUGAGACAUCAAGAAAUUCAGAGAAAGAAAGAUCAUUCGAGAGUGUUGUUCAACAAUGUGAUUAAGGAAACAGCAAGCAAGCUUGUGAAAACUCGUAAGAGCAAAGUGAAGGCUUUGGUGGGCGCUUUUGAGACUGUCAUAUCCCUUCAAGAAGGUAAACCUUCUGCAACAACAUAACCUUGGUAAAUCUACAUUAGUUUUAGGAUUCUGACAUUUUCAUAUUUCUUGUACUGGAAAAACAAAAAGAGCUUGCUGGCGUUUAUGACCGUUUCUGCAAAAACUUAAUGUAAUUCUAUGUGAAUUGUGAAACUAUAAGCAAUAAUAAUUCUGGUGUGAGUUGUAUUA